AUGGCUGCGAUGAUGCCCAGCGCAUCAACGUCCGGACAUGACAACCCGUACGACAACGACGCGGUGGAGCGGGACCUGAUUGAUCCAGACGACGCCGGCCUUGAUGACCUCGACGACCCGCUCCAGCCAGCCUCAGACCGCGCCCCCUUAACCGGCAACAUCCAGCCGCGUUCCCACCCCCGAGAAACGCAGAACUAUCUCACCUCCAGCAUCCCCGGCGAGGACCGAAGAGCACCGCAAAACACGAUUGAUGAAACGGUGUGGGAGACGCUGUCGAGAGACCUGUUCGCGGUGUGGGAGAAGAUGAAGCAGGUGCUGUGGCCGAAGUAUCUACUUGGUGGUAUUAUGCAGAGAGGCGGUGGUAUUGGCGCUGCUGAGAGAGGCGAGGCUACGGGGUUCAGUGCGGAGGGAGUGAGGGGGCUGGUAGGGAGGUGGCCGGAUGCCGACGUGGUGUUGCAGGGCGGGAUGAGUGAGGGGCUGAGGGAUUGGGAUCUUUGGGGCCCUCUACUGUUCUGCUUGCUACUAAGUUUCCUGCUCUCAAUGCGGGCACAAGAGGAUCAGAAAUCGCUCGUCUUCUCCGGCGUGUUCGCAAUGGUAUGGAUUGGAGAGGCCGUCGUGACAUUGCAGAUCAAGCUUCUUGGUGGGAACAUAUCGUUCUUCCAGGCUGUAUGCAUCAUCGGCUAUACCCUCUUUCCGCUCGUCAUUGCGGCCUUGCUGAGCGCUCUGAACCUGGUCACGAUCGCGCGGAUCCCGGUCUACAUUGUUCUUGUCGCGUGGUCUCUAGCUGCUGGAGUUAGCAUCCUGGGCGGGUCCGGCGUUGUGCGAAAUCGAGUCGGCAUCGCAGUAUACCCCUUGCUUGUCUUUUAUGUGGGGCUAGGGUGUUUGUGCUUCAUCAGCUAG